AUGCAUGAUCUAUGCAUUCAUGUGCUUUCUUUCACACUGGCAAAGGCAGCCCUGGUGCCUGAUGAUGGUGGUCAGGGCAGGAGUCAGAGGUGGUAUCUAAAAACCACAGUUAAUGGUGACUGUUGGCUGCGUCCAAGGGGAAUGGUGGCACCAACCGUGGUUACAGCAGCUACCACUAAGUUGACAAAAGAGGACACUGGCUCCCACAACACCGUCCUGUGGCCUCCAAGUCCUGCCCCUCCACAGCUGAAAGAAAGGGGAGCUUUCUGGAGGGGUUGUGAGGGUGCGUGCUUCUGGGUGUGGCUAGGGGGAGGCCUGUUCUACAAUCCUGAUCCUGCCUGCACAGGUGUGUCUGUCAUCAGAUUGCUUUAUACGGAGGGCUCUGAGUAUUUCCGGGCCAAGGAAGGCUGUUUCUUUACUCAAGCAGUGACAGCUCAGAGGGGAUGUGAAGAAGCAACUGGGCAGCUGGCUUGUCAUGUGAGUGCUGCUUCCAACCUUUCCAGCCUGCAGUUUGGAAGCGGAGGGAGGAGGACUUCACCAGUUCAGAGUCCAAGAUCAUCGCAACCACCUGGGAAGAGUCAGUCUCUACAGAAGAAGCAAGGGGACUCUCCUGGAAGCGGGGCUUGCAGCACUGGGCUAGGAGGCUCCUGCUCUGCUUCUGAGAGUGCUGCCAGCCUGGAUCCAUGUAGUGUGUCCCCAGAGGUGACCGAGCCAGGAAAGCACCCCCAGGAAUCCAGGGGGCCAGAAGGUUCUCCAGUACCCAGCUCAUCACUGCCCUGGGAACAGACGUGCCCCUCAUCCCCCAUGCCCUUCACUGAGUGUACCCCAGAAGGUUGCUUGGCAAGCUCAGAAGCAGCACCUGAAGAUGGUACCCUUACCCAUCACCCUAGAAAGGAAGCUUCCUCUAAUAUCCAAGGAGACGUCUUAGCAACACUUACUCCUAAAGGGAAUGGCUCCACACAGCACAUAAUGGCCACCACAGCCCCCAGCACUGAAGAAGACACAGAACCGAAGGGAGAGGGACCGAACUCAUCCUCCAGAGGCACUGGCCAAUUGCCAGAAAUUUCCCUAGUGCCUCCCCGGGAGCCAAGGACAGAGCUGCUGUGUGGAGAGAGUGACUGGCCUGGUGGUUUUGAGUCCCAAGAGAAAACAGAUAUAGAUGACUUCUCUCCCCCAGGGUCUGCCACUAAGGCCCUUGCUGCCACUGGGCUGGGGACGGGGAGCUCAGAUGUCCCAGAGGAGUCCCCCCCAAAACUUGAGACCAUGUUCCCACAAGAUCCAGUCCUAAGAUCAUCUGAUAAAGAAAGAGGGGCAGUGGAGGUGCUACCUACAUAUUCAGUCAAGAACUUGGAGUCUCUCGGAGGACAACAUCCUUCUAAAAGCAACUUGGGGGCUAAGCCUGGAGUUGGAGCAAUGGCUGCCUCCCAGGAAAGCUGCCAGCAGAAGGUGGAAAAGCAGCUGCCACAGGCAGAACGGCCCUCAGACCCUCUAGAUUUUGCCACAGCACCGGGAGAUAGUGACCUCUGGAAGGAGACUCGAGGAGACACCAGAGAUGUUCAAAGCCAACCACAGACAGGGACAUCAGGACCUGGGCCCCAGCGAGUUGUCUGUGUGGCAUCAGGUAACCAGCCGGAUGGUAGCUUGCUUGGGAGUGCUAAGGCCCCUCCAUUUCCUAGAACAGAGGAAACACAUACAGCCUCCAGUCCCGCUGCACAGCCUGUUGCUUGGAAUUCUGUCACCGUAGACAAGCCCAGCUUGUCCAAGGAGACAGAUUCUGAGGCUAAGAUGCCACUUUCUACAGAUCUGGCCACAGAGCAGGUUGAUAUGGGGGUGGUGGAACUGAAGCCAGCAUCAAAUCUAGGAAGAACACCAGAAGAACAACCGGAAGGCAGCCUCCGAGGGGCCCUUGCCCCUUUCUUGAAGGGGCAAAAUGAUACAGUCCUAGAAGGGCUGUUGCUGCCAACUUUCUCCCAUGGGGCUUCAAAGGAAAGUUCUAGAAAGUCAGUGGGAUCAAGUGAUGGUCCUAAGGCCCCCGAGAAUACUGAAACCAGAGUUGUGGCUAGAGAAGAAAGCAGAUCACUGGGAGACAACCCUAAGGGACAAGAAGCCAUCAGCGUCCUUGAUGGUAUGGAGUCUGGGAAUCACGGGGAAGAGAGGUCUCAAGCCUUUCACAGCAAGCUCCAUCUGAAGUCUGACAAAGAUGAAGUUGCAAAGCCACACAGUGACUCUCCCGACUUAGACUCAACACAGCCACCCAGACAGGAGGUUGCUGACCACAAGGAUGGGCCCCUCUCUGGGUCAGCAGAGGCAGUGAGGCAGGUUGGUACUGAAUCCCAUAUAACUGGCACAUCCACCCCACUGCACGAACACCAUGAGGAGGACCCCAUCCUGUCCUCAGCAUCGGCUGGAACUGCUGAGCACUCUCCUCCCCAAGAAGCCACCUGGGCAAGUUCAGGAUCUCAGACCAAAAGCCCCAGCAUGCUUCAGGGCAGUGGAGAAUUGGGAACAACAGAGUCACAUCCUGCUUUAGACUCUGAGAAAUCAGGUUUCCUGUCUGCUCCAGCAGUGGAGGAGGAACCCAAAGUUGGGGAGGCGGAGAACAUAUUGGAAAUAAAGAAGAGCCACUCACCCUUGCAGAGGCUGGAGAAGGUCGAACCUGGACAGGAAGUUCAUACCAAUGUGUCACCUCCCCUCAGUGGGAAGAACUCAGUAGUGGGUCAUGGACACACUAUGCUUGGUUUGGAAGUAGACUGUCAGGGAAAACUGUCCUGCCCAGAGGACAGCCUCCCACCAUCUCCAAAGAACCCACUCCAGCCAUCUAAACUGGACCCAGAAGCAUCUGUCUUUGCUAUUCUUUGUGAGAAGGCCCAGUCACCUAGAAACGCGCAAGGGGCUUGUCCAAGUGACCCAGGUCUGAAGAAGGAGGGUACAAAUCCUUCCCCAAUCCUAGUACCCACGGAAGGGGAGCCGUGCGUAGGUGCGAGCUUGCUCACUCAUGAAGAAAAGGAGCAGGCUUCAGAACUUCCCCCCAAAGGCAGUCCUUGCAAUACUCCAAGUUCAGCACCCAAGGAUUCAGAUCUGGAAAAGGCACCAUCAGAGCAGUCAGAACCGCCAACCCCACUGGGACAGAAGCUGCCUGCAUUAGGAGAAAAUGAGCAAGGGGGCGUGGGCAGUGGUGGUCAGCCCUCGGAGAUCCUGCAUCCUGCAGAAGACACCGCUCUUACAGGAAACUUGGGUGGAAAAGAGAGUUGCUGUAUCGGGCAGGGGCCGAGCAAGUCCCAACAGGAGCUGGGUGAUACUUUGAAAGCAGGCAGCCAGCGUGAAGAAGCACGUUAUGGGGACUCAGGUAUUUCUGAAGCAAGUGAUGGACUGCCCCUGCCUCAAGGCUUGGGUAAGACAGAGGUGGCAAGUAGAAACACAGUGGAGGCCCCACCUUGUCCACCUGACUCAGUAGCUCUCCUGGAUACAGCACACUGCACUCCAGUCCCAGUGCCUACCAGAGUCACGCCCACCCAGGAUGCCCUAGAGAGUGAGGCCCGUGAUGAGAGUCAGGAAGAGUCGGCCCCACAGCUGGAAAUGGAGCAGCUGGCCACCUUCGGUGCAGAAGCACAGAGGCCUCUUGGCAGUUUCCCCAGAGGGGCAGAGCAAGAUGGUAUCGGUGGAUCUGUGGAGGCUAAUGUUGAUGCCCAGGAAGGAGACCCUGGGAUGCAGCAGGCUUCCGAGGGACCAUACGCGGCUCCGCAUGGUGGCUUCUUUCAGACUGAUCAGCGCCUCACGUCUGGGAAAGAAGGUUACACCUCCACCCUGACUGAGCUGUGCCAACUUGAACAGCUUGAGCCCCACUGUGGGGAUUCCUUAGGGCCAGCUGGAGAAUCAGAUAGGAUUCCCGGAAGUACAGUGGAUGUUCUGGCACACGGCGCUGUUUCAGAUCCACAGAGGCUCCUGCCUGCUCGACCACCUGAAGAGAUUGUGCCUGGCGUCCCUUACCUGCAUAUCAAUGGCACUGCCGGGGAGGAUGCAGGAGAUGGUAGCAUGAGACCGGUUUCCUCUGAAGGCCCCAGAGCACCUCAUGAACACUUCUGUCCCACAAAGGAGUUCCCACCUGCUUUGGAAAAUGACACUCCUGGAAAGGUAUCAGCUGUCUCCUUCACCACACUCUUGCAACCAGGAACUGCAGGCGGGGAACUCUCCUCAGCAGGGGCUGGUAGUGGUGGCCCUCAAGCUGGAACCGCUGAGGGACCGGUGAGUCUCAUGCCCUACCUGGACAGGAUGACAUCCCUGGCCAAAAAUGAGCAGAUGACAGGAGAGCUGCAUGUGACUGCAGCUCCAGAAGCAAAUGCCAGGCCCUCUGAGGUUGCAGCACCCGCUGCCAGUGAGGAUGCAGCAGGAGAGACAGGCGAUCACGAGGAGAGUGCAGUAGAACUUACCCCAGAUCUGAGGGUUGGUGCAUCUGGUAGCGAGGGUGCAAGCUCCAAACAGACCAGCAUAAUUACGGGUCUUCCUGACUUCAGAGAGCACAUCACCAAGAUCUUUGAGCAGUCUGUGCUUGGAGCCCUGGCUGCCGAUCGGCCCCAUUGUUUACCUGGUGAAAAGGCAGGAGCAUCAAGGCAUUUUCUGGUCGAGGGACCCGGCAUAUCACCGAACCCAGAGAAGCUUCUAGAUGGGGCUCAAGGAGUGGCUGCUGCCCAUCUCUCUGUACCUCCUGCUGGACUCCAGGUGGAGAAGAAGCAAGAGUCGACCAUGGAGGCUGAGAUUUCUCAUCUGCUUCCCCAGGAUCCAGCAUCUGAGAAGCUGGGGGUUCUGGCCAAGACAGCCUUGGAGGAGAACCUUCCAGGUGCCAGGGUUGAGGGGGAAAGGCUAGAAGGGACUGGGGAGUCUGACCAGGGAGCUCAGGCUCAUUUGCAGCAGGGAAAAAGCAGGCAGGACUCAGCAUUGGGCCUUCCCUCCUCUGCAGCUGUUCAGGGAGUACCAGCAGAAAGAGCUCCUGGCUUCCCUGUGGCUCCCCAGAGCCACACAGAAGAGGCUUCUGUUCGAGGGGACAGCAGUCCUUCUGGAAAAGAGAACUUUAAAACACUGGCCAGCGAUAGUCAGCACAGAGGAGCUGGCACCAGGGCCCCUGUUCACACUGAGUGUUCAAGUAAUCUACAAGGAUCCACCAGUGCCCUGGAGGGCUCUUCUACUCAUGGAAGUCUUUUGACUGUGCCUGAAUCUAACAGUGAGCCGUGGAUCCCUGCCACACCUGGGAGUGAAAGAAGCCCUAAAGCUGCUGUCAGUACUGCAGAAAUGCAAAAUGUGCUGGCCUACCAGGAUACCCCCAAACCCCUGGCUGGAGAAGCGUUGGAUACUCCUCCUGGGCCUAGCAAAAUGGCGGGAGCCGCUGAGGCAGCAGAAGGUGACAUCACACCAAGCACAGCUGAGACGUGGGCAUGUGUGUCUGGUGACCUCCUUGAAACAGGUACUGCAAGGAUACUUCCCGCUGUGGCAGGUGAGUCAGCACUGCCUGGGAGCUGUCAGGACCCAGGAUGUGCCAACAGAACUCAAACAAUGGAAGGCACAGCCACCCUUCAAGGGGACAGCCAGGCCAGAUACCAGCAGGACCAGGAACAACUGGGCCCUCAGCUCCCUGCUUUGGUAGGGCACGGGAAGACGAAUGUCUCUUCACCUCCAGAGCCCAAUGGAAGCAAAGACGUGAAGCUGGACCUGUUAGCUCCAGAACUCUACACUGGCAGCUCCCCUGGAACCGAUCAUGUCAUCCAGCCAGCUGCUCCUGCAGACCUGGGACACCCACCCUUAGCCGACUUGUCCCAUUGUGGUGACAACGCCAGCUCAGUCGCUGCACAUCUGACAGUCCAGAGUGCCUCCCCAUCUGCUGCCCAUGCAAGUCUUGCUCUUCCGGCCUCAGAACUUAAAGUCUUAUCUUCCGCCACAGCUAGCCAUGGAGUCAAAGCCCCCACGACCUCCUGCCAAUGCUUGGCCGAGAACAUAAACAGGAGUUCCGACUCGGAGGAAGCCUUUGAGACCCCUGAAUCAACGACCCCUGUCAAAGCACCGCCAGCCCCACCCCCACCACCCCCUGAAGUCACCCCAGAGCCUGAGGUCAGCACUCCACCAGCCCCAGAAGAACCAGGAUGCAGUUCUGAGCCGGCUGUGGUUCCCGAUGGCCCUCGCAGCGACUCCGUGGAAGGAAGCCCUUUCCGUCCUCCGCACUCCUCCUCGGCCGUGUUCGAUGAAGACAAGCCGAUAGCCAGCAGCGGAACUUACAACUUAGACUUCGACAGCAUCGAGCUGGUGGACAACUUUCAGAGCGUGGAGCCAUGCUCUGCCGACUACAAGGGUCAGGAGUGUAAGGUGAGCACGCGGAGGAAAUCCACCGAAUCCGUGCCCCCUUCCAAGUCCACGCUGUCCCGCUCGCUCAGCCUGCAAGCCAGUGAUUUUGACGGUGCUUCCUGCCCGGGCAGCCCCGAAACUGGGGCCCUUGCCACAGAUGCAUGUGGUACUGGAUCCAACAGUGCGUCCAGCACCCUCAAGAGAACUAAAAAAACACGGCCACCUUCCUUAAAGAAGAAACAGGCCACCAAGAAACCCACAGACACCCCUCCAGUGAAGGAGACCCAGCAGGAGCCAGGUGAAGAGAGUCCAGUCCCCAGUGAGGAACACUUUUCACCAGAGACAAAGACGGAGCCGGCCACACCUGAGAGCACUGGGUGCACCUUGUCAGAAGAGACACCCCUGGAGCCCACCCCUGUGCCCACAGCCACCUGUCCUUUGACUUUGGAGAGGGCAGAAGACGGCAACCCUCCAGUUUCUGGAGGUGGCAGAGUGCAGAACUCACCCCCUGUGGGGAGGAAAUCAGUGCCUCUUACCACAGCCCCUGAGGCAGUGGAGGUGACCCUGUCAGAGAGUGGGGGGCAGGAGGACUUGCCUGCCAAAGGACUCUCAGUGAGGCUGGAGUUUGACUACUCUGAGGACAAGGGUAACUGGGACAGUCAGCAGGAAAACGCCCCUCCCACCAAAAAGAUAGGCAAGAAGCCAGUUGCCAAAAUGCCCCUAAGGAGGCCAAAGAUGAAAAAGACACCUGAGAAACUUGACAACACUCCUGCCUCACCUCCAAGGUCCCCUACUGAACCCAAUGACAUCCCCAUUGCUAAAGGUACCUACACCUUUGAUAUAGACAAGUGGGAUGACCCCAACUUUAACCCUUUCUCCUCCACCUCAAAAAUGCAAGACUCUCCCAAACUGCCCCAACAGUCGUACAACUUUGACCCUGAUGCCUGUGAAGAGUCCCUUGACCCCUUUAAGACAUCCUCUAAGACCCCCAGCUCACCUUCUAAAUCCCCAGCCUCUUUUGAGAUCCCAGCCAGCACCGUCGAAGCGGACGGGGAUGGGUUGAAUAAGCCCGCCAAGAAGAAGAAGACGCCCCUGAAGACGAUGGUUGAAGAUGUGAUGUCUGUGUGUUCUCUGUUUGACACUUUUAGGGUGAAGAAGUCACCAAAGAGGUCCCCUCUGUCUGAUCCGCCUUCUCAGGACUCCACUCCAGCUGCCACGCCGGAAGCACCCCCAGCAAUCUCUGCAGUGGUCCAUGCCACAGACGAGGAGAAACUGGCCGUCACCAGCCAGAAGUGGACGUGUAUGACAGUAGACUUGGAUGCUGACAAACAAGACUUCCCACAGCCCUCGGAUCUGUCUAACUUUGUAAAUGAGACCAAAUUCAAUUCGCCCUCAGAGGGUAAGCAACUCGGUGGCCAGCCCGACCCACACCUUGCCUUGGAGAAUACUGUCGCUAGGGGGCAAAGAGCCAGGAAAGAUACUUGCCAGCCAGAGCUGGACUACAGAAACUCCUAUGAAAUCGAAUACAUGGAAAAGCUUGGCUCCUCCUUACCCCAGGAGGAUGACACUCCGAAGAAGCAGGCCUUGUACCUUAUGUUUGACACCUCGCAGGAGAGCCCCGUCAAGUCUCCUCCGGUCCGGAUGUCAGAUUCCCCAACUCCAUGUUCGGGGUCAAGUUUUGAGGAGACUGAAGCCCUUGUGAAUGCUGCAACAAAACUCCAGCAUCCUGUUACACGAGGCCUGGUCUCCAACCAGGAGCCUCUCUUGCAGGUGCCAGAGAAGUCUUCCCAGAAGGAUCUGGAAGCCAUGGCCUUGGGCACCCCCACAGAGACCAUUGAGAUCACAGCUCCGGAGGGUGCCUUUGCGUCUGCAGAUGCCCUCCUCAGCAGGCUGGCCCAUCCUGCCUCUCUCUGUGGUGCACUUGACUAUCUGGAGCCUGACUUAGCAGAAAAGAACCCCCCAGUAUUUGCUCAGAAACUUCAGGAGGAGUUAGAGUUUGCCAUCAUGCGAAUAGAAGCCCUGAAGCUGGCCAGGCAGAUCGCCCUGGCUUCCCGCAGCCGCCAGGACACCAAGAGGGAAGCUGCUCACCCACCAGAUGUCUCCAUCUCCAAAACUGCCUUGUACUCCCGCAUCGGCCCCACCGAGGUAGAGAAACCUCCCAGCCUUCUGUUCCAGCAGCCAGACCUGGACUCUGCACUCCAAGUUGCCAGAGCAGAGGUUAUCUCCAAGGAGAGAGAAGUCUCUGAGUGGAGGGACAAAUACGAAGAAAGCAGGCGGGAAGUGAUGGAAAUGAGGAAAAUCGUGGCUGAAUAUGAGAAGACCAUCGCACAGAUGAUCGAGGAUGAACAGAGAGAGAAAUCGGUCUCCCACCAAACUGUGCAGCAGCUGGUCCUCGAGAAGGAGCAAGCCCUGGCUGACCUGAACUCUGUGGAAAAGUCUCUGGCUGACCUCUUCAGGAGAUACGAGAAAAUGAAGGAGGUCCUGGAGGGCUUCCGCAAGAAUGAAGAGGUGCUGAAGAAAUGUGCACAGGAGUAUCUAUCCCGAGUGAAGAAAGAAGAGCAGAGGUACCAGGCCCUGAAGGUGCACGCGGAGGAGAAGCUGGACAGGGCCAAUGCAGAGAUUGCCCAGGUCCGAGGCAAAGCCCAGCAAGAACAAGCAGCCUACCAGGCCAGCCUGCGGAAGGAGCAGCUGCGAGUGGACGCGCUAGAAAGGACGCUGGAGCAGAAGAACAAAGAGAUAGAAGAACUCACCAAGAUUUGUGACGAACUGAUUGCCAAAAUGGGGAAAAGCUAACUUGGAACCAAGCGCUUGGACUUGGCCGUUGCGUGCAAUACGACCGUCAGCACACUGUCGCCCUUCCGAUUCCGUGGACAGGCUCUCUUCUCACUUUAUAUGCACUACUGUGUUCCCUUUCUAAGUAAGGUUGGUUUGACCGUAUGCAGUGCCGAGACCUACCUGGAUUCCUUGCUAUCCAUUUGCAUUUUCUAGUAUAAUUCAUAGCAAGUUGACCUCAGAGUUCCUGUAUCAGGGAGAGUGUCAGAUUCUCUUAUAAAAAAAGACAAAUUGCUGACCUUGGCAUUGUCCUUUGGUGAGCAGCAUCUGAUGUGACAUGAACAUAUGCAGCCUGCAUAGGGACUCUUGCCUUAAAGAGUGUAUAAUUGAUCCACAUUUGCUGGUUGGUUUGGUUUGUUCUUUUUUUGUUUUUUUUUAA